UUUCCUGAUAGAGUGUCAAGAAAGGUCCAGGCUAAGAGUUCUGAGGAAGGGUCACCCGAAACUUUAACUCUGGUUGCUCUCCACAGAUGCUGCCAGACCUGCUGAGCUUUUCCACCAACUUCUGUUCUUGCUUGAGGUCCAGACCAGUCAAUUUGACUUUAUUGAGGGGGCGAGUUGAAUGUAAAAGUAGGGGCCGAGGGGCUUUGUUCCUGUGCUGUAAUUUUCUUUUCUUUGGAAUCAUGAUUCAGUUACACAGGGCACUGGUGAGGCUGCAUGUGGAGUUUUGUAUACAGUACUGGUCAUUGUACUGACAGAAGGAUGUUAAUGCAUUUGGAAGCAAUUCAGAGAAGGUUUACCAAACUAAUACCUGGAAUGAGCAGGUUGCUUUAAGAGGAAAGGCCAGACAGGCUUGGACCUGUAUAGUAUUUUCUGAAGUUUAGAAUAGUCAGAUUGAAACAUGGAAGAUCAUUCGCCAGUUGGCUGUUGAAAGCAUGACUCUUCUUGUAGGAGAAUCUAGAACCCGGGGGAGAGUUAAGAGUCUUAGGAAUCCCCUUCCUCAAACAGGCCGUAGAUGGAGAAUUUCUAAAUAUUUUAAGGGAGAGCUAGAUCGAGUCUCGAUUACUAAAGAGGAUGAAAGAUUAUCGGGGGAAUGCAGAGUUGAGAUGAAAUCAGCCAUGGAUUUAUGGAAUGCUAGAAUCAGUUCGAAGGGUCGAGUGACCAUCCCUGGGCUGCUCGUUGGUAUGUAUUUCAGUCUCUCUCUCGGUUUCAGAAUAGAGUAUUCCCGUCAGGAAUGAUCAAGGUACGGUAGAAACUCGGAUGAGGGCAAAACUAAGAGAGAGAGGGAGAGAAAGUGAGAGAACUCGCCCACUCUUCACCGGUUUUCUCUUGAAUUUGCGAAAGGGCAGAUAUACAGUGUAUUACGGUUCGUCAACGCCCCCAAAAUCAAGUCAUCAGAGCAAGAGCCAGUGAGAGUGAGUUAAAAGAAGUUAAACUGAACAAACACCAGCAGUCGCUUUAUUCUCAUAAGGCGUUUGCUAUCUGACGACCAGCCAGUACUUCCUUUACUCUCCUGCUCGUCAUUCUAUAAAUACAUAUACAGAUUUUUUUUCGUGUGUGUCUAUGUAGGUCUGGAUAAAAGUUUUUUUUUCCCCUUCUCCAAUUUUUUUUGCGCUGGAUUUGCCUUGAAGUCGAAAGUGCAUCGAGACCCUGGAUUUGAAUUCUCGUGGUAGAUACAUAUUAUAUUUAAGAGAGAAUUAAGUCUUUUUUCUCUCUCUCCUGUGCGUCUGAAGACAAGUUGUGGAGUUUCAAGCAACUCUCUCUCUCUCUCUUCUUCCCCUCCUCCCUCUCAAUUCCAAUACCACCUUCGCAAGCAAGAAAGCAGCUGUUUGACACGGAUCCAUUCUGCCUCUGUCUGUCUUGCUGUCUCCUGUGUGUGAGGAAGGUCUACGCCGAGCAAACUUGGUCUUUUGCAGUUGGCCAGGCGAGAAUCUGAAGCUUGUUCGCCCGUGGACAGAAAGGGAGAGAGGGCAACGGGAGGCGGACAGACCUAGAGAAGCAAGAGAGAGAGACAGAGACAGCGAAAAGAGAAAGUUCAUGCUUUAUUCGUAAACGGAGGAUGUUACAGUGAGAACAGUGGAUUGACGGCGAGAGAUCUGUUUGUUUUUUUUUCUUUUUUUUGUAAUUGACGACAGUUGAGGUGAUUUUUUUUCCUCUCUCCGUCUCUUCGCCUUCGCCUGAUUUCUGUUGGGAUACAAUAUCUAAUCCAGCAACCAUGAACUCGCUUCUAAGUUUGCUGAACUGUUUCCUAGUCACCCUGCUAUACUUUGAUACUGCGAAGAUGGCGCACAUCCCGAACGAAAAACCACGGAGAAGUGAAGUCAUCAAAUUCAUGGAGGUGUGGAACAGGAGCCAUUGUCAACCCAUGGAGAUUCUAGUUGACAUUUUGCAGGAGUAUCCAGAGGAAGUGGAGCACAUCUUCAAGCCUUCUUGUGUGCUUCUAAGGAGAUGUGCUGGGUGCUGCAGCGAUGAAGGGCUAGAGUGUGUGCCCACGGAAGUGAAUGAAGUGACAAUGGAGGUAAUGAAAAUCAAGCCCCAUCAGGGGAACCAUUUAAGUCAGAUGCACUUUGUAGAACACAGUAAAUGUGUUUGCAGACCAAAGAAAGAUAGACGCGAUGCAGCAAAAAGCAAGCCGAAGAGAGGGAAAGGAAAGGGUCAGAGACGGAGGAGAAAGAAAAUCAGAGCGAGGCAAAGCAGGCCUCACUGUGAGCCUUGCUCAGAGAAGAGAAAGCACUUGUUUAUUCAGGAUCCACAGAGCUGUAAAUGUUCGUGUAAAUUCACACAUUUACGUUGCAAGUCAAAGAGGCUUGAGUUAAAUGAACACAGUUGCAGACUCCACAAUCGUAUUCCAAAAGUAAUUUAUGGGAUCAAACGGGCUUUGGUGAAGGACUUGCUGUGCGGCCUACAAGAUUUGCCGAUGCCAUCUAAGCCAACAUUGGCCAACUUGGCAAAACGCCGCAUGGUUCCCUGCAUCUUUCCAUCUCCGCCCACUUCCACAAGACACUGGUAUAAAGAUUGGCUGCAUUCCAGGUGUGAAAAACCCAGGAGAUGAGAGCGGAGGCGUAGAAACGUGAUAUAUUUUCGGUUGGUUUUCUAAUCAUUGCUUAUUUUAAAAAAAAGGUGUCUUUUUUUUGAGAAAGAAGACAGAGACAUGAAGGAUAGAAUGAGCACAGCACUUUGAAUUCAAUACAAAAAGAUUUCCAGAGGCAAAUUUAUAAAAAAAAACAAGAAGAGUCAUUCCUGGGAAGAAGGCCUUCAAUGAUUCAUGGUGAUAUAUAAUUCUAAAGAGGCCGAGUAUUAUACAAACACAUGCUGCUAGGAUUACUUGGAAAACUGUUGGUGAAGAGAUGAAUCCCAGAUCUUCUGAUUCUAUUCAUUGGGUCAUUCUUUUUAAAACAUAUAUAAAACUCAAGCUUGCGAAAGACUUCUUCUAAUGAUUGAAGAUCUAAAUAUAUCUUAUAUAAAUGUAUGGACGCUUAGAAGCUUCAAGUCAAAGACCCGCCAUUUUCCAGGGAAUGCUGAACAAGGAAAAAGAUGUUUUAAUUGGAAGGGUUGGACUUCAGGCUGGGGCGAGUGUGAAAGUAACAACACGUGCCUCAGGACUCUACUUUUCAAAACAGAAUUGGAGACUUCACUAACCUCCCCCCCACUCGAACUAACAGCACCCACGCAACCAAAUCUGGCAGAGACUGGAAGCCUAACCGUCGAAGAGGACCCAGCUGGGAGCCCCAGAGGACUUGAUUCUCCAAGACCCUCUCUGUUGGGAGAAGAAUAUUCCAAUCCUGUACACUCCCACCGCCCUACCCAACCCGCGCCCAACACCACCCACCGCACCCCUCAAACUCUCUACCCGACAACAACCUGAAUCGUGUCACCAAGGAACCUUUGUGAAAAUUUGGGUCGCUACCACUGAAACGUUCAAAAGGGGACAUCUGGGUCACAAUGAGGCAACAGACGGGGGAAAUGAGAAAGGACUGCAGAGGUACAUAAUCCGACGAAAGAACGAAACCAAAGGGCUGGGAAUAUUCUGCAGAGGAGAGGCUGGAAAUGGUUUUUGCUGCUGGCCUGGCCGUACCUUUCUAAGGCCGUGCACGUGCGUGCGUGUGUGUGUGUGUGUGUGUAUGUGUGUGUGUGGAGUUGGUAACUUUAAGCCUAUUUGCUGUUUUGUUUUUGUCUUCUAGAUUAUAAACUCCCCGCACCCCUUCCCAUCUCGAUUGCAAAAGGAAGAACCCCCACCCCCAACAUAAAGAUUAGCAAAUAGUUUAACAUUUCUCCCCUGUUCACCUGUGACUCACUGACCUUUCCUACAGAUUCAGUUACUCCUUGGGGGUACAUUGACAUUUCUGAUUUGCUCCAUUGAAAGAUGGCAGAUGUAGAACAUCGCUGGGGUUGUGGGGUGCGCAGUGAGGAGAGGUGUUGGGGGGACAUCAAACGGUUAAAAUCGGGUGCAGUCCAGCUUUGUAGAAUCAAACACAAAGUUCUGAGGAAGGGUCACCGGACCCAAAAUGUUAACUCUGUUUUCUCCUCCACAGAUGCUGCCAGACCUGCUGAGCUUUUCCAGCAACUUUGUUUUUGUUCCUGAUUUACAGCAUCCGCAGUUCUUUUGGUUUUUAUUUUGUCGAAUCAAAGACUGGUUGUGACUGAACCCCUUAUGGAGGAAAACAACAAAAACAGGAUCAGCAAUGUUGGACUCGCUUUGGGGUCUGAACUGAGCGAGCACUAUGCUGCCAGAACGCCCACCAUGAUCCAGCAAAGUGCCCCUCCCCACACACACAUACACACACACAUGGACGAGGGCAUGGACCCCAUUUAAUUAGGGGAGAGGGUGGGCAAUGAGACUGUGCACCAUUGAUGAACCCUUCAUUAAGCGUUCAUCCCGUACAUAAAGAUUGGGACCUUGAGUUGUGGGUGUAGACCGAAAUCAUCCCGAAACGCAAUUUGGGACCGAAAGCCAAGGCCCCAAAUCAAGGGGCAGCACCCAUUGUCUUAGAAGAUAUUGGAGAUAAUCACUUGAGCUCUACUGAUCCUGAAUCCAUAUCCCUAUGGGUCUUGUUUAUGUUGGGAGGGGGAGUGGGUCAGUCGGUGAAAAUAUACUGUGUAAAUUUCUGUUAAAUUCUUCAACGCAGCAGAAGCGAAUCUUGUGAAGCAGUGUUAAGUGUACUUGCAUUUUGUUGGUGUUUUACAGUUGUCACGACAAUUCAUAUACCCUCUCUGGCAUGGUUCUCCCCACCUCCCACCAACACAACAACCUUGUUCCUGGCCCCUGCAACCCCUCCUGAAGCCCCCAGCCCAACCCUGACCCAUCUCUCCCCACUUCCUCCACCAAACUGUAACUAAUAUGGUGGCAGCAAUACCUCGGGCCUGGGUCUAUGAGUAGCAGUGACCAGUUGGAGAGACUGCUCUCCACAGCACCCUCCUGCACCCCUCCCCCAACCCCCGAUAUUGUGAAUUGAAGCACAUUCCUACACAUAUAACACACGUUGUACACUGAGCUGGCUUGCUCCAAAUGGUAGGCUGGAUUCUGGUCUCCAUGACCUGGGAAACAAAUGAACACCCUGGCCAAAACAAAACCAAACAGGAUACACUGCGUGCCAGAAACACCCCUAAUCACCAACAUUUCCAUAGCGUUUCAAUCGAUUAGAAAAUCAAAGCAGGGAUCUACUGCAGGCAAACGACCUGAUUGCUUUUUCUCUUUACAUUUGGCACUUCGCCCAGGUGCUGCUUCACAAUAUGAGACAGAAACACCUAGCCCAAAUGUACCCGCUCCUAGACCUGCUCCUCCUUUCCAAGACACCCUCACCUUCCCUGAAAGGCUGAUGCUUGAAGGACAAACUUAAAAACUAACUGUUAUGAACUGCUGUGUACUUUGGAGUUAAGAAAAUGAUUGGAUUAAAUUGUGUAUUCAGCCUGUUAUAAAUUAAGAGAAGGAGGGGAACGAAAGAAAAAUUCACAACAGUGAUUCUUUGCGCAAUGUUUAUAGUCACAUUUUUAGUAUAUUUUUUUGUCACUUAAAGUAUAUUUAUUGGUGCUACUGUCUCUCUGUUCAUAAUUGUUAAAAGAAUACUGUUUAAAUAUUAACAAUAUUAUUUUGUGUAGUUAAUUAUUCCGUAGCAUCACAUAUUUAUUUUUAAACUAAAAUAUCUUAAGUGUUUUUUAUUAAAAAAAUUGUAAUUGUAA